CAUCCCUCCUCGCCGGUGCGGAGCUCCUUCCGGUGUAAACAUCUGUGCUGGUGUCGGUGCUGGUGUCGUCCCGGUCCCCCCGUCCCUAGCGGGCCCUAGCAGCAUGGACGGGCCCCAGCUGCCCCCGGAGAUCUGGGUGCAUGUGCUGGGCUACCUGAGCACGGAGGAGAAACACGCGGUCCGCAGCGUGUGCCGCCACCUGCGGCGGCUGGCCGACCACCCGGGCCUGUGGCGGGAGCACCUGGUGGUGCUGACGGAGCUGCGCCGCUACACCUACGGCUUCUGGGACACGCUGUCCCGCCGCCGCCUCACCCGCGUGGCCGUGCGGCACCUGCGGCGCAAGGAGUGGCGGCGGCUGGUCAAGUUCCUGCCGUCCCUGACGGCGCUGGUGUUCGUGGACGGAGGCCGCCAGUACAAGCAGAAGUACAGCGACAACCUGCAGAGGUUCCCCGACCUGCGGGACCUGGGGGUCCGCAACGCCACGUGGGACGAGCCGCUGCUCGGGCCCGCGCUCACCCGCCAGCUGCGGGAGCGGCUCACGCACCUCAGCGUGUGCAACGUGCGGCUGCCGUGCACGGUGACGUUCAUCAGCACCGUGGCCCAGCUGGCCAACCUGCGAUACCUGCUGUUCCACCACCAGGGGGAGAGCUACGGCCUGGGCACGGUGCGGCCGGUGCCCCGGGCCGGGUUCCACCAGCUGCUGCUGGGGCUGGGGAAGCUCCGACACCUGUCCUGGGGCAUGAAGGGGGAGCCGCCCGACCCGCUGCCCGAGGACUACCUGAGCCCCCCGGACCCGAACCGGCCAGGAACCGACUCGUACGGCGGCCCAGCACUGGAGAGCCUGGAGCUUGUGGAUUACCCAGAAACCACCCUUCCUGAAAAUGCACUGAGGAGUCUGACUCAACUGAAGUCUCUGACGGUCCGCUACCGGUACAUCAGAGAAGGCAUCGAGUGUCGGCUCCGGUCCUGGCUGAGUCCCCUGCAGGAACUGGACUCCCUCACCAUCAUCGGAGGGAACUCUCUGUCCACCUACACCACCACCAUCCCCUCCAGCGUGACCAGGCUCACCCUGCGCGUGGCCAUCACGCUCAAAGACAUGGACUCCAUCGCCCCCAAGCUUCCAGGACUCAAACAUCUGGACAUCGAGCAGAACCGCUCCAGCGGCAGCCUCUGCAGACGGAUCCCCAUGCUGUUCCCACAGCUCCGGACCCUCCGGAUACGGUUCUUCCGCCGGGAGCCGGAGAAGGACCUGCUGUGCCUCCACAAGCUGCGGCACCUGGUGCAGCUGGAGCUGCUGGUGGAGCGCUCGUUCAUCCUGAGAGACUACCUCAACGGCCACCCCUGGCCCAGCCCCUACGUGCAGGAGCUGAUCAACGAGCUCCGCCAGCUGUCCCAGAACCGCAUCAAGGUCAUCACCACCAUGCGCCACCGGAACCCUCUAAGAGAAUGUGAUUGUGUUUGGGAGGGAGACUGAGCCGGCAGGACCCAGCAGGAGCUAGCAGGAGCUAGCAGAAGCUAGUCACCUAACGCUAACGCCUCAGAGACGCUUGGUAGUGCGACUGCUGUUCUGGACUAAAAUGUACGGAGCUCUGAAGGCGUUUGGGUGGGACUGAGGCCCCUCCCCCUAACGCCCUUCACGAGCUAGAAAUAAAAUAAAUGAACUGUUUGUUUGACUGCAUAACAGGCUGGUGUGCCGGGCUCUGCCGCGGCGUGUUUGACGCUCUGUCCUGGCGUUGGGGUCGGCGCCACCAGCUGGACCUGAGCUCCGUGUUCUGCUUCAUUUUAUUUUUUUUGGGGCUCUAGUGGCCCUUUAUUCAAAGUGUACAGGCAGGAAGGGGGUAGAGAGAGAGAAUGGGAAUGACAUGCAGCAACGGUGCGCAGGCCGGGGUUGGAACCUGCGACCGCUGCAGGACUGUAGCCUCAGUAUCUGAGCCGCUGCUGAACCCACUGCACCACCGAGCGGCUCCAGGGGUCCUAUGCUCGGCUCAGUCCAACCUUGUUCUCUCUGCUUCCGUGUCUCCAGCAUCAUCAGCUCGUGCACUAGCCGGGUCCAAGCCAGUAGGAAACAUUUUAAAUAGGAAAAGAGAGUGCAGUGUCGGGACGUCCCCAGAUGGGGUGGCAGGUCUGAAAGCCGGGGCCUCAUGUACAAAACGUGCGGCGCACAGAAAAAAACUUGCGUACGCCACUUCCUACGCUCACGGUCGAACGUUCACAAAGUGAUUUGAACGUAGAAAGUUGCUGUCCUUCACAUACACAUCAAGUCUGGCGUACGCACUUUUCUGAGGUUUUGUCCGUUGGCGACACUCACUGGUGAUGCAGUGAAGUGCAGAAUAUGAAGAAACGUAACGUCAACAAUAAGUUCACAACCACAUGAAGGACACGACAGUCCCCACAUCACCAGAUAAUUUACACAAGAGUGGAGCUGCAACAACCUCACAAUCAACCACAUGAUCUGAACAAACAACUAAAGGAGCUCAACGAUGGAACCUGCAAAUCCUGAUGGAGCUUUGGCUCCGUUAGAGGAACCUGCUGAUGAUCAGAUCACACCGACCUGCUGGUCCAGGACUAAGACUGGACCAUCAGCUGGUUUAGUCUGGACCUGCUGGUCCAGGACUAAGACUGGACCAUCAGCUGGUUUAAUCUGGACCUGCUGGUCCAGGACUAAGACUGGACCAUCAGCUG